CACCUUCGAAUGCUGUUACGAUAGAAGUUGAUACAAGUUCAGAGAAAUGAAAGUGAAAGCGAUCUGCUGCUUACUCCAAAUGGUGCUUGAAUGACAAGAAAAUAUUCUAAUGUGUCGUUAUGAGUUCAAUCUUCAAUCGUUUAAUCUAUUUGUUUAUCUGUGCAGCGAUCACAGUUGGGCGGUCUGGCAAGCAGGUGUUAUGGUUGCCGUGUCAGUUGGUGGAGGAGUACGUUGCCUUGAGUAAGGAUGGCCACAAUGAAACUCACUUCCAGUACAGAGAUGCUGGCCUGCAGUUUGGUCACGUUAAUGACCCUCCCUUAAACCCCCAGGCCAUCACCUUCUUAGUAACAGGUUCUAAGGUGGACCUACGAGUUCACGUGGAAGGGUCAAGUGACCAGGUGCAGUGUGAGCUCCGCAGGUUCAUUCCUGAAGUGCCGCAGGUGUGGGCAGGACCAGGGGCCCGAAAGAAUGACCUCUGGUUCACCUGCACCCUUCGCCAUAACGACGGCCUCUUCACCCUCAUCAGCCAUCUUAGACACACACCUGUCACGCCCCCCUAUUCUUCGACAGACCGCUGGUCACCCAUAGGAGACAGAGAUACACUCACCACUGCAGUGGCCCUGAUGGUGCUGACCCGCUCCCCAGUAAUGCAUGUGGGUCUGCGUGCUGAGCGCCGGCUGCACUGCCAGUUCUCCGUGGACCACAGGGGGGCGCAGCUGAGCGUAGCCUGGAUACUGCAGCGGCGUGGGGAACGCUCCACCCUGUUCAGCUACGCGAGCCAGUCAGGGCUCACACAGGGCAGUGGGGUGGGGAUGAAAGACCUGGUGGUAGGGGACGCCUCCCUCUCCCUCCCACUCACCAAAGUGACCAGCGAGGGCACCUAUCAGUGCUCUGUGUCUGUGGCCCCCCUGCACGCCAACCUGGACAUCACCUUGACCAUCAGGGAGCCCCCCCGCGUGUCCCUGAACCUGGACUCCACCAUCUCGCUGGUGGAGGGUGAGGAUGUGAAGGCUGUGUGUGAGGCGACGGGCUACUACCCCCUGGAUGUGGACAUGGAGUGGCUGAGGGAGUCCCAGGAGCAGGGCCUGAUCCCUGAGAAGCUGCAGAAUGUGCUGUACUCCAGCCACCGCCACCACCAGGAGGGAACGUACUCCCUCUCCGCCUUCUUCCUGCUUAAGGCCCGCCUCCAGGACUCAGGCAGCAAAUACUUUUGCAGGGUGUCUCACAGCUCACUGCGCAUGCCCGUCCGCAAGAGCUUCACUCUCACCGUUACCGAGCCAAGCAGCUGGUGGCCGGUGCUGUGCCUGUGUUUCAUCCUGCUAGCGGUGGCGCUGCUGUGUGUGCUGUUACCCCACCUGCAGCUAUCUAAAGAGAAACACACGAAGGUAAGACACGGAAUGACAGGGCUCUGACACACCUGUAUCUGACUUUCUGUGCUUUUCAAUGUGUGUGUUUAUGUCUGUGUGUAGAAACCCUACUGAGAAAACAUGCCAGAGCUGGACCGGAGGAGCACCAUGGAGAAGCUUUUCUCUCGCUUAUUUGGACUCCUCCUCCUCUAACCCCCCACCUCACCUUCCUUCUACUGACCCCCGCCCCCGAACCGCCUUCCUCCUUGCAAGCCCCAUAUCCCCAGAGGCUGAUAUUGAAUGUUAAGGGGAAAACACAACUAACAAGUCCAGAUCUGUGAACAUAAAAAUAUUUUUUAAUUCAAAA